AUGUCCGCCAUGCCCGCAUCCCACGGCCACAGCGCCGCCUGCUGCAACAUCCCGCCCGUCGUGUCCGAGGGAUACACGCCCAAGGGCUCGUACGAGGAGGUUGGCGGCUACAAGACCUACGUCACCGGCCCCGCAGACGCAACAAAGGCCAUUGUGGUCAUCUACGACAUCUUUGGCUACUUUGACCAGACGGUCCAGGGCGCCGACAUCCUGGCCUACAGCAACGACCACCAGAAGUACAAGGUGUUUAUGCCCGACUGGUUCAAGGGCAAGCCGUGCCCCAUCGAAUACUACCCUCCCGACACCGAGGAGAAGCAAAAGGCCCUCGGCGCCUUCUUUGGCGAGUUUCCGCCUCCCAAGAUUGCCGGCCUGGUGCCUGCGUACGUCGACGCCGUCAAGGCUCACAGCCCGUCCGUCUCCAAGCUGGCCAUGCUAGGGUACUGCUGGGGCGGCAAAGUCGUCGCCCUCACCGUCAAGGCUCCCACAAACCCGUUCUCGGCCGCGGCCGCCGCCCACCCGGCCAUGGUCGACCCGGCCGACGCCGAGGGCCUGACCAUUCCCUUUGCGCUGCUGGCGUCCAAGGACGAGAACCCAGAGGACGUCAAGAAGUUUGAGGAGAAGCUGCAGGUGCCCAAGCACGUCGAGACGUUUGGCGACCAGAUCCACGGCUGGAUGGCGGCCAGGUCCGACUUGAAGGACGAGAGGGUCAAGGCCGAGUACGAGAGGGGCUACAGGGCGCUGCUCGAGUUUUUCGGCAAGCAUUUGUGA